CUCAACACUGUGUCAUUUGCGUUUCUUGUUGAAAAGCUCUCAUGCUGCAGACUACCUUCUUAUUGUGGGAUCAGCAUGUUUCUCUUUGUUUAAGACAGCGCGAUCAGUGCUUAUUCAACGUUGUAUACACAAAGAUGUCAUUUCACUUUACUAUUAGGAACAUCAUAGAUAUGCAUCUAUAUGAUUCAACGAUUUGUCGUUUGUGCGCGGCGGACAAUGGUAACGAGCAUCUAUUCAUCAGUGAGACAGGCGAAUCGAAUCUAUGCUCCUUGGUAAAUCGUUAUCUGCCGUUGAAGAUUUAUGAUGAUGGAAAAUUACCAUGUACAAUUUGUCCGGGUUGUAAUAUCCAAUUGGAAGCAACAGCGCAAUUCUUUGAGUUAUUGGUGGCUGGUCAAUGUAAAAUACGUGAAUUGUGGAAACAUCAAGUCGAGCAGCAGCGGAAAGCAGAACAUUUGCGCAAUAGAAAGGAAAAUGUAGAAUUUGAAGGAAUGGAAAUGGAUACUGCAACUGAUAAUCAGGUUGAACAAUAUGAGCAACAAAUGGUUAUUAAAAUUAUGCCAGAUGGAUCUAUGUACACAGCGGAACAUGAAAUGAGUUUGCAGAUGGAAGGUUUGACUAAACCAAGAAGGAAACGUGGACGUCCACCUAAAAUCCACACAGAUAUAGAUUUAAUGGCAAUAAAAGAAAAUCCUGCAGAAGCUAUGAGUCAAGGUGAAGAAGAUAAGCAGGAAGAAGAAGAAGAACUGGAUGGUGAUGGUAGACGCAGAAGAAAGCGCAAAGUUCCCAAAAGAUUUUUAGAAGCAGUGCAGGGAAAAGAAUUGGAAAGGAUAUUCAAGGAAGAAGGUGUAAUUGAUGAUGAAGAUGAUGAUUCUGAAAUGAUUGAUGAUUCGAAAGAUUUGUUAAAAGCUAAUCAGGAUGAUCAAGAAGGUAUACAUAACGAAGAAGUAAUAGGUCAUCUUGAAACAGAAGAGGGUACAGACUUGGGUGAGGUAGUAAUUAUGAACCGUGGACGAAUACGACCGAAAUCAAAAUUGCGUCGUAGAAAAAAUAAGUUUACAUGUCAACUCUGCGGCAGGGGUUUCCUACAACGUAGCAGAUACAUAGUACAUAAGAGUUUUCACAAGGGUAUUAAGCACGAGUGUAUACAAUGUAAGAAGCUAUUUGACAGUAAAGAUAAUCUAGCAUUGCACCAAAAGAUGACUCAACAUAAUUCAAUUUCUUCCGAAGAAAAUGUUGAGACACAGGAAUUUCAUGAGCACAGUCCAGAACAGAACAUUUCCACGAUGAAAUUAGACAUAACAGAAGAUUCCAGAAAUAUGAUUUAUAUAUGCAAAAGAUGUGAUAAGCAAUUUGGAAUGAAACAGGAAUACGAAUUGCACAUGAGAGUAGUGCACGAGCAGCAAGAAUUUACCUGUAAUAUUUGUGAUAAGAAUUUCACAAAUCAAUCGGAUUUAAAAACACAUAUGACAACUCACAACGGGAAAAAUAAGGAUAAGGAUUAUGCUUGCGAUAUCUGCGGUAAGAUCCUAAAUCACCCAAGUUCCGUUUUGUAUCACAAGGAAGCUGAACAUAACAAUGGGCGCCGUUUUGUUUGUAAUAAAUGCAACAAAAGUUUUAAGCACAAACAGUUGCUUCAACGACAUCAGCUGGUGCAUUCGGAUAAUCGGCCACACGCUUGUAAGUUUUGUAACUCAAGCUUCAAAACAAAGGCAAAUUUAAUUAAUCAUCAGUCUACUCAUACUGGCCAAAAAAAGUAUCUUUGUGAGAUUUGCAAACAACAAUUCGCUCACAAGACUAGUCUCACUUUGCAUUACAGAUGGCACAACGGUCAAAAACCAUAUACUUGUACGGUAUGUCAGAAAAGUUUCUCGCAGAAUGGCAAUUUGCAGGAACAUAUGCGCAUUCACACUGGCGAAAAACCAUACAGCUGUGAUUUCUGUGGCCGAAAGUUUACCACAUCGUCGCAAUUCAAACUGCAUGUAAAACGGCAUACCGGCGAACGACCGUGGAAGUGUGAGUUUUGCUCGAAGAGUUUCUUGCACAAAGAUACAUGGAAGUGUCACGUGCGCCGACAUAAGGGAGAACGUCCGUUCCAGUGCAAUCAAUGCAACCGCCGGUUUACAGAGCAAUGGGCGCUCAAGAAACACCUUCGUUUACAUACUGGUGAAAAACCUUAUUCUUGCGAUGUGUGCGGUAAAGCUUUUGCUGAUUGUUCAAAUUUGACAAAACACAAAAAGGUACACAGGGAGAAUAAGACAUUAACUAUGAAAAGAUCGGAAGGAUCUUCGAUCGGCGAGGUGUGGCAAAUUUUGCCGAACUCACAAGACGAACAGACAUUCAAUGAUCAAAUAAUAGCCACCGAUGAGACAUCUAAUGAUGGAAUCCAACAAAUUAUUUAUGUAUCCUAUCAUACACAGGAUCCUGAAAAUCUUGAUCAAUCACGAACAUUACAUUUAGUUGACGCUAACACGAUCAAAAACAAAGAUGAGAUAGCAAUAAAUGCAAAUUCUUUGCCACGUUUAGAGACUAACGAAAUUAUUACCGAUAAAAUUAUGAGUAAUGCAACUAGCAACAAUGAAGAACAGUCAGAGAUUGAAUUAUCGGAAUCGGAUUUACAGUUGCAGAUCACGGAUGAAUACGGAAAUCCAAUUCCAUUGUCCAUUCAAGAGACUCGACAGCUUCUCUCUCAAGGACAUUUUAUCAGCCAAUUGAAUGACAGUCAGAUUAUUAGAGUUCAUCCUGGAAUGUUUGCGCAACAACUCCAAACCUUAAAUAUCCAUGUCGAUGAAGAUACUAUAGACGAAAGCGGAAUCAUGCGUCCGAACAUGACCAAGAACGAGACAAUAUCGGCAAUUCAAGCAGAUGCAGCAGCAAUCGUCCAGGCGCUUGAGGAUGAGAAUACCGAUGCUACGACUGUUGCGACGAUUAAUCAACUUGGGAAUAUUGACCAGGCUGGAUUACCGGAUGGUGGACAAACGAUCGAAUUCAUGACUCAGGAUGGACAGAAGGUUCGCGUCUUAACAUCAUAUCCUAUCGAUCCGAUUCAGUUAGCUUCAGAAUAUCUGACUAUUGUGUAA